GCACCGACCCCCGCCCGCCGGGCUGACAGCGCCGGCCGGCCGCUGCCCCUGCCCCAGCCUGGCGGCGAGGGGGUGCUCGCACGCCGGCAGCGGCGUUUGGCAGGCGUUGGGUUGCCCCGCGGCACCGGCUCCCGGCCGGGGACGCGGCGGUGACUACCCGACCUGACCCGACCCUGCCCGGCCCGCUGCGGCUGCCCGCGGCCCGGCAGCCAUGCACGUUGUUUCUAUAUCUGCCUCGUCGGCGCGUUUUGAAGCCCUCUGCGGAACUCCGGCGGUGGCAAAGGUGAGGAAAAGGAGUUAGCCGGCCCGGGGAGAUGCUGUAGCUGCUCCUGCCGCUUCGUGCCAGCUGCCCGCCGGGCGGGGACCGCGGGGGGCGGCUGCCCGGGGUCAGAGGGGCGAAAGGACAAGCGAGAGCCGGCCCUGGCUUUUGGAGAAAGAAUGUUGGCAGCCUUUUGUUGAUGAAGAGCCAUUCGUUAUCACCAAUAUGGACAUGAAAUGGAAAGGGAACAGAUUCUGGAAAACGACUUCUGUUUCAACUUUUCAAGAUGCUGCAUGAAGUGUGUGAAGAAGUCAAAGUGACUGUUCUACCUGAUCAAAAUGAUGGACACUGAAAACCAGCUCUAUCCCCUUACUCCCUUGGAGGAGGAUGAUAUAGGCAGCCCAUUAUCUGGGGAGUUUCUGCGAGAUAUGGAGAACAUUCAAGACCUUUCACAGUCUCUAGGUGAUGAUAGCUCUGGAGCUUUAAGUUUAACAGAGUUCCAGUCACUGGGAAAUGGUCCAGGAUCUGAUGGAUCAGUUGUAACAGACACCCUUUCACCAGCAUCCAGUCCUUCAUCCAUUAAUUUUGCCACAGCUCCAGGUAGCAUAGAUGAAUCACCCAGUGGAGCAUUAAACAUUGAAUGUAGAAUUUGUGGGGAUAAAGCCUCAGGCUACCAUUACGGAGUACAUGCUUGUGAAGGUUGUAAGGGUUUUUUUAGAAGAACAAUUCGAUUAAAACUCAUCUAUGUCAAAUGUGAUCGCAACUGCAAAAUUCAGAAAAAAAAUCGUAAUAAGUGCCAAUACUGUCGUUUUCAAAAGUGCCUUUCAGUUGGAAUGUCACAUAAUGCAAUACGUUUUGGACGAAUGCCAAGGUCUGAGAAGGCCAAGUUGAAAGCAGAAAUUCUAACAGGUGAAAACUAUGUAGAAGAUUCAGAAAUGGCAGAUCUUAAAUCCCUUGCUAAAAGAAUUCAUGUUGCUUACCUGAAAAACUUCAAUAUGAACAAGGUUAAAGCCAGAAUCAUCCUUGCAGGGAAAACUAAUAACAAUCCACCAUUUGUUAUACAUGAUAUGGAUACCUUGUGUAUGGCAGAGAAGACGCUGGUGGCAAAAUUGGUAGCGAAUGGAAUUCAGAACAAGGAAGCAGAAGUUCGAAUCUUCCACUGCUGCCAGUGUACGUCUGUAGAGACCGUCACAGAAGUCACUGAAUUUGCCAAAUCUAUCCCUGGCUUCUCCAGCCUUGACUUGAACGAUCAAGUGACGUUGUUAAAAUACGGAGUUUAUGAAGCCAUAUUUGCCAUGUUAGCAUCUGUGAUGAACAAGGAUGGGAUGCUGGUAGCCUAUGGAAACGGCUUUAUCACCCGGGAGUUCCUGAAAAGCCUGAGAAAGCCAUUCUGUGAUAUAAUGGAGCCAAAAUUUGAUUUUGCAAUGAAAUUCAAUGCACUGGAACUGGAUGAUAGCGAUAUAUCCCUUUUUGUUGCUGCCAUCAUUUGCUGUGGAGAUCGUCCCGGUCUCGUAAAUGUAGGACACAUUGAAAAAAUGCAGGAGAGCAUCGUGCAUGUACUGAAACUUCACUUGCAAACUAACCAUCCUGACGACAUCUUCCUCUUCCCAAAACUUCUCCAAAAAAUGGCUGACCUCCGACAACUCGUCACAGAGCACGCUCAGCUUGUGCAGAUAAUUAAGAAGACUGAAUCUGAUGCACAUUUACACCCUUUACUACAGGAAAUCUACAGGGAUAUGUAUUAAGAUUUUUAAUGUUUCUUUCCACAAUAUUUAAAGACAAGAGCAAUACUAAUAACAGAUGGGAGCAAAACUACUUGCACAGUUAUCUGCUGUUCACUCAGUCCAGAGCGUGACAAAUCUAAAAUAUGGGUAGCUGGAGUGUUACACUUCUUUUGGUUUGGGAUCUUCUUCUGUGGAAAGAGUUCUGCAGAAAAGUACUGGUAAUAGUGCUCAUAAAGUGUCUUACAAUGGUUCUUUUAUUUUGGAAUUUGAAGAUUGGUAAGGAACACAUAUUUGUAUAAUAAAUCAGAAUGUUAAGUAACAGAAAUGAACAAAAUUGUAUUUCCUAUUGGCUUAGUCCUUUUAGAAUUAAUUUAACAAAUACAGCAAAUUCUCUCCAGGUAUAUACACAAUCAUAAAGAUUAUGCACUUUUUGGCUAAUGGUGAUUACUGAGAACCAACUAACACUUUUUCUUACAGCAGUCAGUCUAGGUGUAUCAAAUGGUUGGAUAUUCCUGUACAGACAUUACUAAACAUUUGAAAGGCCUUUUAUUCACUGCUGCUUUAAUUCCAUGGAAUGCAGUACGACUUCAUAUAGUAUUACAUUUGUAUACCUCAGGAUUAGGACGUUGAAAAGACAGGAAUUUCAGGCAAUGAAAUGAAAUAAAAUCUGGAGAGUUCUCUAAAAUACAGCAGAGAUGCGUUAUUCAGGUGGUUCUUUAAGAGUAAAUGUGAUAAAGCGAUGGAACCUGUUUUCCAAAAGUGUCUUAAGUAAAUAUGAAAAUGUCCCUGAGGAAAAACAUAAUACUAUGUGAAUUUUGGAGAACCUGUAAUAGCUCAAAAUGCAGUUUUGACUUAAAAAUACUACCUUGGAUUUUUCAGUCUUGGAGAGGCUGAAAAAUAUGAUCCUAGCCCAGCUUCAGCUUACUCUGAAGAAAUGAUUGUAUAGGAAAGGCACCUUCUUUCUUGAAAAGUAUCUUGAUGGUACAGAGUUCUUUGGACCUGUUUACUUUUCUGAUGACUACACUGUUUCAUUUUUUUUGCAGUUAUCCACUCGGACUUGUUUCUUUCUAUUCCUUCUUACACAUUGUUGAUAGAAGUAUUAUCUAGAUUAUUUCAUGAAAUUUUGUCCUUGUCAUACAGCCAUAGUGGAUAAGGUGACAAUAUUGCCAAGAACAGUGUUUGUAGGUGUCGAUUGUAUAUUAUGAAAGAGAGAGCACAGUUGAGAGUAAGUUUGUCAUGUUCCUGAGAGAAAACUCAGAUUUUACAAUAGUACUUACUCCUGAUGCAAAAUAAGCCAUAAGGAAUCUGCUUGACUUUGCCAUUUUACAGGAUUUUUUAUCAAAGAGUACUACACAAAAGUGCUGGUUGCAUGCAAGACACUGUGCUAUUUCUUUUUCUUCUUUUUUUUUUUUAAUACGGUAAUUUCACAUUAUUAUUUCCUUAUUUUACUGUUUGUUUAAUAACACAGAUCUCAGGAGCCAGUCUUAGCAUUUUCACAAUAGUUUUCAGUGGCACAGGAGGACACUUUGUCCUUGUUUUCUUGUAGCACGUUUGAAGCCUUCAGAAUCUUAAACCUUCACUGCAUGAAUUAAGUAAAAUCGAUAAAGUGAGACCAUCACACAAUGAUCCUUACUUUAGUUACAUCAUUUGUUUGUUUCCAGGCCCGCUGGUGUGGCCAGACACUGGAUAAAUGACACAUUUAAAAGCGAUUUGGUGUUUGUCCAGGAGACGGUCGUGAGCAGAGGUUUUAGUGUCAGAUAUACUCAGUGCAAAAUAUUGAAGCGUAAGCCUCAAAUUUGGUGUCCAUCUGGGCAGCAUGGAAACAAAAAACGCACGUGCCCAAAACCUUCGCCCCUUCCCCGGGGCCAGUCGGCAACAGGAGGAAUAAGGCCUUACGGUGCAGCUGCUUCUAAGACUUCAUGGAGAGGAGAUAGUUGGUUUUACCAGGAAAUAGCAGAUGAGAAACGGGUUGUCUUUUGUGUCUUACAGCAGUACGUAGUGUGCCCUCAGAAAUCACAAGAUUUUAGGAAUGAUGCUGCUUUGUUCUUCCAGUCAGUGAUGUCUCAUUAACGACCUGUGGGCUUUAGGCAUGAGACAUUGAGCACUGAAAGAGUUGAUGUGCAAUAUUGCUGACUCAAAAAACUGACAAAAUAUCAGCCACUCUGUGAUGCCAUAUUGAAGCUCUAAUAGUCAACUGGUUUAAGUUCAUCUUCUAAAAAACAAAGUAUAAGCUGAAUCUUUUUUCCCCCUAAGGUUCAGUUUUUUGUAAAGGGCAAAUUUCUAAGUUGUGUUGCAUAGUUUGGAUGGACUGAAGUCUCUCAGGAAAAUCCGAUGCAGUCAGUGUGGAUAAAACCUAUUUUUCCUGCUCACGUUCUCCAAAGUGGCUAAAACGCUUUACUGAAACUUUUGAAAAACAUGGAAAAUGUAAUAAUAAAUACUUAAAUUGCAAGUGAAACUAUAAAGAAUUGAAACCAGCAUCAUUCUGUGGAAGGCAGAAUGUUUAGCUAUCUUAGCAGCUGUUUGUAACAGGUUCCUCUUAUCAGCAUUAGGAAGGUGCGUAAUUUGCACUUUUCCUGUUCCGGAUCCAUUUUGUUUUGUUAUUUGAAAACCAGCAAGCAUUUUUUGACUGGUUCCUUGGGCACUGAAGUUUGAUUUCUGUUUUAAAUUAAGCUGCAGACCUUUGAUUAAAAACAAAAACGAAAGAGCACAUCCGUGAAGUAUAGAAAUAUGAACAAGAAGUCAACGUAGCCUGAAAUUCAGGAUCGAUUCCAGUGCACACACGGCUGCAUCGUGCGCACACCCAGUGUCUCUUCCAAGAACAAUACGGCAUCCAAGUCACUUCCCAAGCGUUAAGGGGCAAAAGAAGUUCUCAAUUUCUACAUGACAUAUUUAACGAAGUACAUUUGCUACUUCAGUAGGUGACUGCAGCAGGCUUUUGCAAAUCUGAUAUCAAAAUGAAUCAAUUUGCACUUGGCUUUUUGAAGUUUGGAAUCUGAACUAGUUUUGAGAUACAUUACUGAGGAGCCUUCGGCACGUCCACCUUGUACAGAUCAUCUAAUAUUUUAAAAUACCCAUUCAGUGGAGGGAAAUAAAGUGAUCAGGUUUUAAGAUUAAUAAUUUAUUAAAGAUUUACUGGCUUGUUAGGUAGAGUUUUGAUUUGAUUCUUAUCAACAUGACAAUAUCAUAGCACUGAAGAACUCUGAUUAGCAACCAGGUUACUCACAAACACCUUAAGACAAGAGACAACCGAUAGGUAGAGAAAAAUCCCAGGAAACAAUGGUACAACUUGAGUUUUCAACAAACCUACAGCUUACUCAUUUUUGAGGGUUGCUUGGGGUGUCUUUAUUUAUUUAUUGCGAUGCCCUCGGUACUUUGACAAAGGGGAAGAGGAAAAAAACAAAGGAAGGUUUUGUGUGAAUUGUUAGGGAAAUCUGAUGUUCAUUUUUGUCUCCUUAAAUAUUUUCUAUAAAGGUGCACUGUCUUCAGUGUAACAGCAUUCGAAUACCAUUUAAAAAAUCACCUGUUACAUUGUACCUUUUAAAAUGUCAGAAUCCCACUUUUAUUUUAAAUACAAAUUGACAGACCACAGAAUCCUAAUCUUUCUUUGCAUUGAAUUUUGUUUUUAAUUGCCAUUUCCCUGUGCCUUUGUGCUUUGGUUCUAGCCAGCCGCUAGAAAGCUGAAGUGUUGCCAAAGAGCAUAUUGUUGCAUUAUGUCUGGCCCGCACAGAUUUAGGAAAUACCAGCAGUUGCUGCACUAAGUCCUUUCUCAUGAGAGGGUCAGCACAAGUUUGCCAAUCAAAGAGCUUAUAAUAAGCAUCUAAACAUUUGUUUGUUUAUUCAAACUGCUGAAGCCUGGGAGAUUUAUUCGUCACGAGAGCUGGGUCACAUACUGUUAAAUUUCAAUUUCUUCCUUAUUUCUGAUGGAAACCCCGGGCGACUUGCGCGCUCUCUCAGGCAACGCAGUUGCAGGUUGCGCUGUAGCUGCCCAACCUGUGUCUGUGACUGAGCUGAAACUCUGCAACUACAUUUAACAAAUGCAUUUGCAGUUGUUUUGAUAUUCCUUAAGCAUAAGGUCUUACAAAUAAUGGUCCUUCCCUGAGAACACUAAUCCUUUAAUAAGUGUUGAAAUGUGAGGUGCAGUAUAGUGUCUGAUGCUUGCUUAUAUCUUGAGUGCUUUCUUGAUAAUCAGUUGCAUAUAAUUUUUUAAAAUCUAGGUUUAAUCAGCUUUAUUAUCCUUCUUUUAUUAGAGAUUUAAAUUGUACAUGGGUUUGAUCGAAGGUUAUUGAUAUUGUUGUGUAUUGUGGGAUUUUUUUAAAAUUUAAUAUAAUACCAUUUUGUCAUGUUUCAAUUUGUAAAAUACGAGAAUAUUAUUGCAAGCUAUAAACUUCGACUAAAUUAUAUUAGAGGUGCUUUAAGAAAAAUAUGUAAAUUAUUUAAUUUAAAUAUUUGUUUCAUACUUUAUCUUGUGAACCCUUUUGUACAGUGAGGAAAGAUUUCAUUGUAUGAGUGCGGAUGAUGGGCCGAAGUCAAACUGCUAUUUAUUCCUGUCUGGUCUUUAUUACUGUAUCAUUUGUGAAGAAGUAUCACAAGUUCUGCAACUUACCAGUGUGUCGUAUUGACAACUGUAACCAAAUCUUAAAAUAUAUUUUCACACAGAGCAUAGACUUCCUUUUAUUUAAUUUUCAUAGAAGUAAGUGUAGGUGGGCAAGAGCUGUAAUCCCAAAACAGAGUUAAUGUUUUAACUGAAGUUCGCCAAUAUGAAAGAUAGAACUAAGUUCAUCUUUGCUUUACAGCACAGUAGUUCAUUUUCCUUACAAGUCUGAAAAGGAAGAUAAAAAGAUCCAGACUCUGUUAUUAUUCCAUUACUGGUAUUUUCUGAGGAAUUGAUUUGUGGCUUAUGAGAAAUAAGUGUGUAUUCAGGAUUAUUUCCUGCUACCUGCACUGAAGUUGAUCUGCAGUUUUUAUAGAUGUAUUUUUAAAUGUGUACUUUAGCAGUGCAAAACAAAACAUUGAAAUGCCACUAUUGGCUUUUUGUUGUUUUCCCUUUUUAAGUGGAGAUGAAUUCAGGAUCUGUUCGUAGGGAUUUUGUGUCCUGGGAUUCAGGUGUGACAAUCUGUGCCUACAGCAUUCCUGCUAAUGAUUCCCAUAUAGGAACAGUGACCUUUUUAAGGCAUACCUCAUGUUUUGCUGUAGUCAAAACAUAGCAUCUGAUACAAGCACAGUAUAUUGCAAAUGUUCCAGCAAUUAUUUAUACUGACUACAUUUCAUUUGUAAUAGAUGAAAUUUUAUUUCCCCAAAUUGCUGCAAUUUGAAAUUUUCACGCAAUCAGUGUCACCAUACAGGUGUAUUGUCUACUAAUAUGUUUGUGUCAUUUGUACAAGUUCUACUGGACAUUUUUGUGGUAAACUACAGCCACUCCUUUUGUCAAUUUCAUAGGCAGCAAUGAAAAAACAAACAAAAACCACAGCUGUAACAAGUACUAACAGAUGUGUCACUUUAUACUGUCAACAUGAUACAAAUUCAUUGUUAACCAAACCCAUCCUAGGGCAGGGCUAUUUCCUCUUUUACUUUCUCAGACGUGCCUACAGGUUUCCUAAGUGUUUUUUGGCUUCUGAAGCUGGUUUUUUUGCUUGUUGUUUGUUGCUGUUGUUUGUUUGUUUGUUUUCCUUUAUUGUGUUAGUCCGUGGUGUCAGAUUCCACUGCAAGGCUGUUUCAAAACAGAAUUCCUAGUACAAGGACCUCAAUUUCACAUGAGUUGCCUCUGCCCAGGGGAUGGGCUGCACGCACAGAAGAGAUCAGUCUGGUUGCAGGCCGGGCCUUAAGUAAGGACUGCAAGAUCAGGCAUGAGGUACUUAGAGCUGGUUUUAAAUAUUUUGGUGUAUUUUUCUCAGGUUGGAUAUGCAGGUACGGUAAUCCCUUGUUGUGUAAAAGACACCAGCCUCCUGAUCAAUGCAAGAAGUUUCACGGUAUUCUUUACACUUGAAAGAAAAAACACAAUUGGCGGCAUUGGAAGAUAUUAACUAACCGAAAUACCGGCACCGCGCAGGUACCGCGUCCUGCCCCUGCUGUGUGGGAGUGCGGGGUACUGACGCAAAAGCUGUUUGUCAUGUGCAAGCGGAACUGAGGUGGUUGCAAAUCUCCUGGUGCGUGAUUCACACGCAGAUAACCCCGCGGAGCGCAGCGCCAGUGCCAGUGCGCACUUGGUUACCUCUGGCACCUUCAGCCCCUCCAGCUGCAUUUGGAGGCCCCAUGGAGAACGCGGCACCUUCGCCCUCCUGUUAGUAACGGGGGUUGCUGGCGGUGCUGUGUGGGUACCCAGAGGGUUCCUGAGCGGCUGCUGCUCUUCUGCUGCCCGUGGUCUUGGUGCCGCAACGGGAGGAAGCUGCUCCUGAUCAAAUCAUCCGUUCCCCUCUGCUGGGACACGGAUCCUGCCCCAGCUCCACCUCAGCAGCCACAAACACUUCCCUCUGCGUUCAGAACUGGAAGAACAUUGAUGGCUUUAGUCACUUCUUUAGUAAUAACAACACUAAUCGAAGUUUUAAUACGAUGGAUUUUACCAAGAACAGCCCUCUAGCUGUUUGACAAAGUCUGUUUUAUCGGCUUCUUGGGCGAGCUGAAUUUCGUAUUGCUCCUGCUAUUUCACAGCUUUUGCAAACAAUGGCUCUGAAUUUUCUUCAGGAAUGUAACACAACAGUUUAAUUACAUUGUGAUGUUAAACCCCUUUAUCACGCCUUAAAUUGUCUGUUAUCUGAUAUGACACGAAAAAGCACAUUUUUGUUAACGUUGCCAAACCCUAAUCACUAGAGCUAACAAGUGUUUAAUUAAAUCAAGAUAUAAAUACUAAAGAAAACAAAAUCAUUGUUUCCAGUCACCUGUGUUUUUAGGAGUUUUUGGUACGUUUUCUUACAGUGAAUACGGACCUUAGAAUAGACAUUUCUUGCAGGGAGUAGUCAAACCUAAUUCUCAUGGAAUUCUUGUUUCCCAGUAAAACACCACUAGUUCAAGCCAAGUUCCCAAGUUUCUUUCUGUCAGAAGAAUGCAAAUGACAUUUUCAAGAAAGAAUGGAAGCCCUGGUCUCGCAGGGAUUUAUUGGAAAGACAAACUCUCUUGCACUUGUGAAUGUAAAAAUUACGUAUAGCUAAAUACGAUGAUGCGUUCUCAAAUGUUACCAGCCUACUGAUCUAGGAUGAAAAAACUUGAACUAAACAUUUUUCUUCUUUUUUUUUUUUUUUUUACAUUCUGAUUUUUUUUCUGUCUCCUUUAAAAAUAAGAAGUUGAAUUCAUAGUGUUUGUAUAGAGACUGUUAGGAACCUAUGUGCUUUAAAAAAAAAAAGUCAUCCUUUAAGACUGAAUGUAAACACGGUUAAUUUGAAAUAUGGUUUUGCCUUAAUGAUUAAAAAAAAAAAUAAAGUAUUUUUAAAUGUGAAUUUAACAA